AUGAGUUCUUCCAAGAAAGCCUUGAACAGACCGAAAAAGCGCACCCUAGUCCGCUGGGAUGAUAACCUAAACGAGCUUCUUCUCCUGACCGUGCAGUCAGUCUGCAACAACCAGUCUAUCAAAAUCCCUUGGUCCGAGGUUGCUAGUACAAUGAGGAAUAAUGUCACCGAAGGGGCUAUCGUCCAGCAUCUGGCAAAGGUUCGGACCCGUCGUGUCGAUGCUGGCAAAGAAGUCCCUCCUCCCCUACGGCGUGGUGGUGUAGGGUCAUCGAGCAAGUCCUCUGAGAAUGCGCCUACCAGAAAUGCGUCUGGAGCCAAACGCAACCUCAGAGCUACUCAUAGUUCACGAAGCGAGGAAGAUGAACGUCGAGAUAUGAAUCUACCUGACGAUACUUCAUCCGAUGAAGACUAUAUCGAGAGAGGUCGCCGCAGAAGUCGACUUAAGAAGCAAUCACAUAAAUCGCAGCCACGUGGAGCUAUUCCGAUCAAAAUUGAAGAUGAGGAGAUUGACGGCAGUGACGAUGGAUUCGGAGAGCUGUUGGUCCCUGGGGCUGAGUUUCUCCAAUAUCCCAACGAGAAAGAACCACCCUCAGAGCCAACUUCCUCCCCCCGUGCUCCAGAGAAUACUAGAAGCAAACUGGUCACUUUGAGGUAUAGACAGGCAGUGGGUAAUGUGUUUAGUGGCUUUCCUUCGACACAUGCACAAUCAGUGGCCACAGUGCUUAGCGCAUAUGGCAAUACGCCUUACCAAGCUCAUUAUCAACAGCUACCAGAACCUAAUCUCGACCUGGAGAACCAUUAUCUGCUUGGAUGUAAUCAUAUCACGGGAAUGUCUGCAGUUGUUCCUGAAGACGCUGUUAGUAACCUGACCUCAUUCGGGGAAAGCCAAGACUUCCACAAUACAUCAUAUGCUGGCUACCAGUAUCCAGCUUAUUAUCCCUCCGCUGAUGACUCGAUUGGUGGUGUCCUUUACAGUGAGAACUACCAGUACCUUCAUGGUAACUAUAUUGAACCAAAUGAGGAUAUGAUCAUGGAAACCCAGGACAAUCUGGUGACGAAGAUUGAAUAA